GUCCACACUUGAUCUCUUUGUUUAAAAUAAUAAAAUAUAUUGGUCAUGGUCAUGGUCACCUUCCUCUCCAUCUUCACCACAUACCCCUUCUUCAUUCUUCCAUUCUUUUGUCUAACACUAAUUCUAUAUCUAACGUAUGUCAUUGUUGAACAAUUCCAGCAAGGUGCUAGAGGCUUUGAAGGACCGCCAACUUACCCCAUCAUAGGUUGCUUGAUUCCAUUUUACAAGAACCGCUAUCGUCUACUAGAUUGGUACACUCAUCUUCUCUCUCACUCACCAACAAAAACAAUCGUGAUAGACAGAUUAGGUGCGCGGAGGACCAUAGUAACAGCUAAUCCACACAAUGUAGAGUACAUGCUCAAAACCAACUUUGACAACUUUCCUAAAGGUAAGCCGUUCAAUGAAAUUCUUGGUGAUUUUCUUGGAAAUGGUAUAUUCAAUGUGGAUGGAGAAAUGUGGUACAAACAGCGCAAGAUGGUUAGCCAUGAGUUCACCGCAAGGUGUUUGAGAGAUUACGUUGUGAAUGCCCUCAAAGAAGAGGUGGAGAACAAGUUGUUGCCUAUGUUAGACUUAAUGGAGGCUGAAAAUAGAGCUUUUGACUUGCAAGACUUGUUAAGAAGACUUGGAUUUGAUGUGGUUUGCAAAGUUUCCUUGGGGUUUGAUCCAUGUUGCCUCAAUCAUUCUCUUCCAUUUUCGCCUCUGCUACAUGCCUUUGAAAGGGCUUCACAAAUAUGUGCUGGUAGAGGGGCUGCUCCUAUAUCUGCCAUAUGGAAGGUGAAAAGAUGGUUAAAUAUUGGAUCUGAAAGACAGCUGAGACUAGCCAUUGAUCAAAUCCAUUCAUCAGUCGCUGAUAUCAUCCGCGAGAGAAAGAUUAAGAUCAGAGGAGAAAACCAGCAAGAGAUCAGUAAAGAUCUUCUUUCAAAACUGAUAUUGGCAGAAAAUUUUGAUGAGGAGGAAGUCAGGGACAUGGUGAUAAGCUUCAUUAUAGCAGGAAGAGACACAAUAUCUGCGGCAAUGACUUGGUUGUUUUAUCUACUUACUCUCCAUCCUGAGAUAGAAAAUGAAUUGGUUUCCAAGGAGCUAAGGUUUAUAGAAGCUGAAACACUAACAAAGCAUGAGACAUUGAGAGAGAUGAAAUUCUUGAAAGCUUGCCUCUGUGAGACAAUGAGACUCUAUCCACCAGUUGCAUGGGAUUCAAAGCAUGCAAUUGCUGAUGAUAUUUUGCCAGAUGGUACUCGUAUCAAAGCUGGCAAUAGAGUGACCUACUUCCCCUAUGGUAUGGGGAGGAUGGAAAACUUGUGGGGGAAGGACAUGUUAGAGUUUAAACCAGAGAGAUGGAUGCAGAAUUCAGAAGAAGAUGAAGGAGGGGUAGCAGAGCAGGCAUCAAAUUUGUACAAGUUUCCAGUCUUCCAAGCAGGUCCAAGAGUUUGCCUUGGGAAAGAAUUGGCCUUUAUUCAAAUGAAGUAUGUUGUAUCUUCAAUAUUGAAGCGCUUCCAAAUCAGACCAGCUUGUUCAGAUCCUCCUGUGUUUUUGCCACUCCUAACAGCUCAUAUGGCUGGUGGUUUUAAGAUUUUUGUCCAUAAAACUAAAAACGUUAAUUUAGAUGAUCCCUAAGUCCGAGUUCUCCUUCCAACAGCUGCCACCAUUAUCUCAAAAAGAAUUGAUUUCAUUUUCUACCUUUAAUUCCUGAGAAUAUUUAUUGGUUUUACCGAUCGAUCAAUAGAGAAGCUACUGGUUCACAUCCUCAAGGAUGGAGGAGUAUUUCAACUUUGUUUAAAGGUUUUAAUAGCCAAGACAAUUCUACCAUCCUCUUAUUUAUUUAUUUCCCCUGUAAUCUUUUCUCUACACUUGGACUGGAAACAAGAAGCUUGUGAGAAAAGAAUUAACUAGUAGAGAAGAAAGAAAACGAAAUCCUUCAAGAGAAAUUUGUUUUAUAAGAUAAAAGUGGUCUGUGGCAUAUUUCCUGUUCAUAUUUCUACUCUUCAAUCCCUUAUUGAAACAUAUGUUAUCCGAGUAAUCAAAUAAAUAAUGGGUA